AUGAAUAUUUUCAUCGCAGCUUUGCUGAUUCUUUCCUGUAUUUCUGGGAUAAAAUGCUUUUCAAGUGAAAAUUCUUCUAAUAUCUGUGAUGAAAUCAAACGUCAACAACGUCGAGCUGAUCUUUCACUUUGUCCAUCAAAAUUUUCUGUUAAUAUCUCUUCUUCAAGUUAUUCUGUAGGCGAACCUAUCCACAUUUUCAUUAAAACCACAGCAUUAGACACAACUUUUCAUGGUGUUCAUGUCGUAGCAUUGGAUGAAAACCAUCUUCAGGUGGGAAGUUGGAAGAUGAAUGCUAAAAAACGAGAUGAAAAUUCGUGCAAUGGUUCCAUAUAUAUAUUUGAAAAGGCAAUAACGAAUACAGAUGCAAUCUGGCAAGUUUCCACUCCAGUCGUUGGCAAUAUUGCAAUUAAAAUAGCAAUUAUCGAAGACGACAGUGCUAUUUAUUCCAAUUGUUAUAAUUUUAUUUUGACUUCACGGGUGUCUAUGAAUUCUUCUAAUAUCGAUGUAGAAGAUGCUGCAAUAAAUACCACCACGAUAGUAACGACGACAACAGUAACAGUUACUACUCCAUCUCCAACUGCCGAUGUGACCGUUAACGUUACUUGGUCGUUUGCAAGUAAUACCAAUAUCACCAGUGUUUCUAUGGCUAUCCGUAACUUAAAAUCAUCUCAAUGGGUUGCCAUAGGCUUAGGUCAGAAUGUCGCAAUGGGUGAAGCACAUGUAUUCAUGUGUAAACGACUGGCUAAUGACGAAAUUAUUAUUAAUCGAUAUGUGAAUCCAGGCGAUCACGAUCCUCCUGAACGUCCUCAGCCAGACGCAGGGGGAGUGUUUACACCAGGGCAACAACAAUUCACUGACGGUGUUGUUGUAUGUCGAUUUACUCUAUCGAAUUUCGCCACUCAAAUAUUGAAACAAGUUCAAACGCUUGAACCACUUUCUCAAUCUAGACAAUAUCAUCCACUAAUCGCUAUGGGAGUACUCGAUAAAGAUAACAAUGCUGAGAAACACUCGGCAGAUUCUCGUGUAGCUAAAUCUGAUACUGUUCAAUUAAAUCAAAAUGAAGUUAUUCUUUAUCGAAUACCCGAAGUGAAAACUGACUUAACCUUUGCGCCCUGA